AUGUCAUCUCGACUGCAAGACCUUCUUGACGACGAAGCUUUUGACAUCUCUCUGCCAAGCUCUGAGGAGAAAAAGAAGCAGCAGCUGCAAGGACUCCAUGAGGAGGGGAGGGACACCAUGGACCAGGACUCGUCGGACUCGCACAAGCUGAAGAAGCGCUUCAAGAUGAACGCGAGGGUCUUUGAGAAGUCGAUUGCGAUCUCGAAAGCAAGAGACAAGAAUGUCGUUCCAGACGACAUCCAAGACAUCUGGCCUACCAGGGCGGCCACAUCCAACAUGACAAGCGUCAGGGACGACGGAGAAGACCAAGCAAGAUACGCAGUGGACCUGUCGAGCAACAUCCCCGUAGUGAGCACAUCCGCCAUGCAGUCUGUAAAUAGGAUGGAAGACUCUGUCAAGAAGCUGCUGGCAAGGUUCGGCAAGAAGACUGAUUCAGCUCUUGACUUCAAGUCGCUACAAGAUGACUCGCUGGACUUGCGGGUGAUGAUGGAAAUGGUGGUGGUGGUGGUAAUGAUGGUGAUGAUAGAGAUGGAGAUGAUGGUGGUUGUGGUCUCUCACAUCUCAGGUGCUGCGGAUGUCAAGAGUAAGAAAAGGACGGAUGGGCUGUUUUCAGCUCUUUGUCAGAAGGAGCAGAAGGAGUUGUUCGGCAAGGACUUGGAACAGUUCGAAGGAGACCUGAAGAAACUGCAAGCGAAGCAAAUACUCCAGGGGAGCGAGCGAGACCGAACGGCAGAGGAGGUGGAGAGGAUGAAGGCUGUGGCUCCAGAAACGCACAAAGAGAGCGAGGGGGGCAAGAAACCCAUCGCCAUCGUCGUUGAUUUCUUUGCCGAUCCUUCGUGCCCUUGGUGUUACGUGGGGAGACGACAGGCACAGGAAGCGCUCGGGAUGCUCUCGAAGACUCUCAACGACACAGAAAUCUCUCUCGUUUGGCAGCCGUACCUCACUCGCACCAUUGCAACAAGAAAGGGAGAGCUCGUCGACGACUAUCUCAAGAGCAGCCGGGGGGCAUCGCUGGAGCUGGGAGGCUUGUUGGAGCUGGACAAGAGGUUUGGACCAGUUGCUGCUAUCAUGGCGCUUGAGGUCCUUCAGCGGAUGACAUUUGAAGAGGGCAUGAACAUCGGUUCGUUCAAGAUUCUUUGCGCAAUCGCCAUUGAAUUCGGGGUUUCAGACCCCGUCAACUUCUUCCGUUCUGCCGUCAACAAGCAGGAGAUCGUCCUCCUCCACCACGUGGCGUACGAGGUGCUUGGAUGA